AUGGACUUCAUCAGCAUUCGGCAGUUGGUAAGUGAAGAAAGAGCUGAUGGGAAAGUGUUGGGGUUUGGACAUGGAGUUCCUGAUCCUGGAGGCUGGCCUAGUGAUUGGAGGCUGGGACCCCAAGAGGUUGUGGCCCGGGAAAAAUUGAAGUUGGAGGAAGAGAAGAAGAAGAAACUGGAAAGAUUUAACAGCUCCAGACUGACUCUGGACAAUAUGAGAGACUUGGAAAACUUGGUUCAAAGACGAAGAAAAAAGCGACUGAGACACAAAGUCCCCCCCAGGGAACCUGAGCCUGUGGUUGAGCGGCAGCCCCAGAUCCCACUGGAGCCUGUGGACCUGGAAAUGUUCCUAAAGGCAGCUGCUGAGAACCAGGAGGCCUUGAUUGACAAGUACCUGACAGAUGGAGGGGACCCCAAUGCCCAUGACAAGCUCCACCGCACAGCCUUGCACUGGGCCUGUCUGAAGGGCCAUGGACAGUUGGUGAACAAGCUGCUGGCGGCAGGGGCUGCUAUAGAGGCACGGGACUUGCUGGACAGGACACCUGUGUUCUGGGCCUGCCGUGGAGGACACCUGGACAUCCUCAAACUGCUGCUUAACCAGGGUGCUCAGGUCAAUGCACAGGACAAGAUCUGGAGCACCCCUCUCCAUGUAGCAGUGCGCACAGGCCACUCUGACUGCCUGGAGCACCUCAUUGAGUGUGGCGCCCACAUCAAUGCACAGGAUAAGGAAGGGGACACGGCACUCCAUGAGGCCGUACGAUAUGGGCACCACAAAGCCACGAAGCUACUGCUGCUCUAUGGAGCCAAGCUGGGCAUGAAGAAUGUGGCCUCCAUGACACCAGUGCAGCUGGCACGGGACUGGCAGCGGGGUAUCCGGGAAGCACUACAGGCCCAUGUGGGGCACUCCCGUACCCGGUGUUGAUGACUAAGACCUGUGGGUCACUCAUAGCACCAUUCCACACCCACUCUCCUACCCAUCCACCUCUAAGUGGUUCUCUGCCCCAGUCCCAAUUUCUUUCUGGCUUUGCUUCCUUAGACCGAAGGCAACAGGUAGAGCAGGUCCCCUGGGUUUUAGUGAGGGAGACUGUUCCCUGCCAGGACUGAAGCAGAGGACCAGAGGACCACAGGACAACACAAAAGCAAAGUGGGUCCAGACGAGGGCCAAGGCCAGAGCAGGAAGUGAACAGACCAGCACUACCCACAGCUCAGUCUAGGCCUCUAUCUACUAAUCCUUAGAUUAGGAGACUAUCCUUGGCCUGUUCUGUAAGUAGACAUUCAGAUGUUGCCAGCUGCUGCAGAAUAUAAGAGAAGAAAUGGGCUGCCUAAGUGCCAGGCAUCGGUACAGCUCACUGCCGUCUUUUGGGUGGGGUUUCUCCAGGGUCUCCAUUCCUAUCAGUAGCAACCCUGAGUGUCUGGAGUAGUUCUAGGCAUCCCUAGUCUUCAGAACUCUGGAGGGGGGUUCUGGCAAGCUGAGGGGCAUGUUAACAGGAUUGAGUCCCCACAGAUGUCAGUACUUACCAGGUUGCCUCAGAAGCUGGAGACUGAUGAACUGGAACUAGUGUGUUCUCUGGGGAGGCUCCACCUAAAGGCUUCAGGCAGCUCUGCUUGCCUUACGUGAGGGUAGAGUGCCAGGUGCUGGAGAUUGCUUGUGGCCCACUCAACUUUUGGGGUGGCGGCCCACAACCCUAGCUUGCCAAGGCUCUAAUGCCCCCCUGGUACUGGAGGAAGCACCUGGACUAGGCUCUUCAUACCCUGCACACUGAGUUCGGCACCUUGCUAUGGAACACAGACAACAGUAUAACACACCUCUCCAGGCCCCUGUGCCAACUGGUGGUGCAAUGAGGACUUCACACAAGCACACGCUCCUUCCCUUCCACUUUUGUUUCCAGGUUCCCUGGCAGGGCUGGCUCCUUAUAUGCCAGGAAGUUGAUGUUAAAGAGCUGGGCCCUCCAUUGAGGCCACAGGCUGAACAAAGGGCUAAAAGGUGAAGGCUUUGCCUCCCUCACAUAGUCCUGAGAUGACCUUCACUUUGCAACAGUUUAGUCUAAUUUUGGCAGCCUGUUGUUACUAUGUGAAAAACCUGGCUAGUGCUUCCUCCUAGGGACACAUACCUUUUUAUGGGCAGGCCAGCAUACACCUAGACAACUGGUGCCAUGCGCAAGACAGAUGUUCAAGACUACUCAAUAUGACGACUCCUCUGAAAUGAGGAUACUUAAUUGACACACAAAGCUACCUUUUUGUACAAAUCACUGUUUUCUCAUUAAACUGUUUAUCUACCACA